UAGUAAGUCGUAGUUAGAAUUUUUAAAACCGUUUGGAAUGUGUAUGUUUUGUGUAUGGCGUACGUACGAUAUACGAUUUUCGCGUUCGCGUUUAAUUUGCGUCGAUAAACAAAUAAUUUCGUUAUUCGUUUUCAACUGUGUGUAAAAGUUUUUACAACUUGAAGAUUGUGUUUUAGUGAAAUUAAAAGUAUACACGGUUUCGCGAAUACGCCGCAGUCGCGAUCGCUUUUGUUAUUAUUUUAGUGUUAUUUUUCUACGCUCAAAUGAAUGGCGUAGUAAACUCGUGGUUUAGCUUGUCGCAAUGAAUGAAAUGCUCGUUUUUAAGGAGAGGCUUUCGCGUGGCUCAUUUUAACAAUUUCCAUCCGUAGUAUUGAUUUUCACAUGUGUUAUUAGUGUACGUAUUAGUGAAAUUAAGGCCGUUUUUUUCUCAUCGAUAUCGAGUUUUCGUUAGUUAUCAUUUUAAUCCGAAUAUAGCCGAGUUUAAUGGUUAAAUGGCCGUUGUUUGUUAGCUUGUUCAGUGUUUUGUUCGGUUGUAUCGGUGUCAUUGCCCUACAGCUCACAGCAUUCUUUUGCCCGGUGUUAUUCGGUGUGUGAAAGCGAUCAGCUUUUUUAAGUUUUAAUACAUUGUACGGUUUUGUGAAAUGAUUUUUUCAAUAUUAUAAUAUCGUUUUUUUUUCAUUAAUUAUCCAGUUGUGGUGUACUCGUUCGACGUACGUUCUAAUCCGAGACAUAUUUGAACGAUCUGUCAUCUUGUUGAUUGAUCUGUCUCGGUCAAGUUCACUUCGUCGGCAUAUUUAAUGUGUAAGACACAUUUUCGUUUGGUGGAUUGGGUAUCACUGAUGGAAACAUGUACGAUAAAAUGGUAACGGAUAACGGGCACUGGAAUUAUUGCAGCAGUAUUCUAAGGCGUAAAGGUAGAAAAAGAUGGCAGGGCGAAGAAUCGACCGAAAAGAGUCGCGCCAAAUGUCAAGACAGAACGUUAUCAAAUUGUUGUUUUUUUCUGGGCUCGAGGUUGCUGCAGAUGGUGAUGCAGCAGCCUCGCGAAAAUCAUUUCAAAGGCUUCGGUCAAAUGAUGUACGGAUAUCAUUGCACUAUUAGCGUUAGACUGGUGUUAUGGUUCUUACUGGUAUUCCUUUGCCUUAACUAUACGUCACUACCUUCCGUUUACGCCGCCACUCAAAGUUUACCAGUUACUACGACCCCCACCGCCAUUACCCCCAGUAUCAUCGAAAGCAAUAUGAAUCAAACCACCAAUAGCAGUAGCAAAGCAGUUCGCCGACCUAGACAAAUAUGUACGAGUAUAGAUAUUCGAAAUACAGUCGAUUCAUUCAGACAGCUAAGAAAUUGCGAAGUUAUCGAAGGAUUUCUGCAGAUCGUCUUGAUGGAUAAAACCAAAGAACAUAUGUUUGCUAAUCUAACGUUUCCUAAAUUACGUGAAAUUACCGGAUAUAUGCUGCUGUAUCGAGUUAGUGGUCUGACCAGCUUGGCAAAACUAUUUCCGAAUUUGGCCAUUAUCAGAGGACAUCAUUUGUUCAUCAAUUACGCGCUGGCCGUGUAUGAGAUGCUGAGUUUGCAGGAACUUGGAUUGCAUUCGUUAACUGAUAUAUCACGAGGUGCGGUGUUCAUUACGAAAAAUCCAUUGCUGUGUUACAUCGACACGAUAGACUGGGAGCGAAUCACGACCAAUGGAAAGGAUUUGAAUUUUAUUUUCGAAAAUCGAGAGGCUAAUAAUUGUCCGAAAUGUCCAGCUUUCAAUAGUUCCUUGUGUGCGUACAACAACAACACUAGACAGUCAUAUUGUUGGACUGCUGAAAAGUGUCAAAAAACUUGUCCGAAUUGCAACUCGAAUAGAUGCACUGAUACUGGAGAAUGCUGUCACAACUAUUGCUUAGGAGGAUGUACAGGCACUGAUAGCGAUGAAUGUUUCUCAUGCCAGACUGUAUUUUUAGAAAAUGUGAAUCGUUGCGUCGAUAAAUGCCCGGAUGAUUAUUUUAGGUACAAAGAUCGAAGAUGUGUUAGCGAAUACGAAUGUUACAAUAUGCCGAGAUCUGUGGAAGAAAUGAUGGGUAUAACGAGAUCGAAACCUUGGAAAGCUUUUAAUGGUUCUUGCGUAGCCGAAUGUCCGAAUGGAUACGAAGAGAAACCCUUCACGGAUGGGGAUGGCAAUACGCUUUACAAAUGCCUAAAAUGCCAAGACGUGGAAAGGAAUGCUGAUCGCAAUCAUAGUGUGUCGUUCAAAUGGCCAGGUCCUUGUCGUAAAGUAUGCGAUGCAGCUAGCGUAGACAGUAUUCAAACAGCUCAAAGGCUCAGAGGAUGUAUUGUUAUCAAUGGCUCGUUAGAAAUACAAAUUCGUGGAGGUAAUAUCGUCAAAGAGCUGGAAGAAAAUUUGAGAUCAAUCGAAGAAAUCACCGGCUAUUUAAAAGUAGUCAGAUCGUUGUCGUUGAUUUCGUUGAAUUUCCUGAGAAAUCUAAGGGUGAUCAAGGGAGAGCAUUUGGAGAAUGGAAAAUACGCGAUAGUAGUUCUGGAUAAUCCGAAUUUAGCCGAAUUAUGGGAUUUCGAUAGAAGACCGACUGGCCUAGAAGUAAAAGGAGGACGACUGUUCUUUCACUUUAAUCCGAAAUUAUGUCUGGGUCGAAUCAUAGAAUUGCAGAAAAUACUCAAAAUCGAAAAUGUCACCGAAUUAGAAGUUGCACCUAAUUCGAACGGUGAUAAAGUAGCGUGCAACAUCACCGAGUUACAAGUAUCUGUUUUCAAAACGACUGCGGAUUCGGCGUUAAUUACGUGGAUUCCUUAUAUUCAUUACGAAAUGAGAACGUUACUCGGAUACGUGGUGUAUGUUUUGGAAACAAAUCAUAGAAAUGUAUCGAUGAACGAUGGCAGAGAUGCUUGCGGCAUUGAUGGAUGGAAAGUUUUUGACGUUGAAGUACCCGAUCCUGGAAACACGAUGAAUCAAAAUAUCAACAUCACUCAUAUAGUAACCCACCUGAAGCCUUUUCAAUUAUACGCCUAUUAUGUUAAAACCUACACGAUAGCGACCGAAACGAACGGAGCUCAAUCGAAAAUUCAGUAUUUCAUCACAAAUCCAGCGAUGCCUUCUCCACCAACUAAAUUGAAAAUCACGGCAAUUUCGAGCUCAGAAAUAGUAGUCGAGUGGGGCAAUCCAGAACAGGCGAACGGUAAAUUGAAAGAAUUCGUUAUUACCGUUGAUAUAGCGAAUGAUGAGACUUUAUCAAACCUUCCAAAGAAUUUCUGUACCGAACCCUUCGAUUUCGAUAAAAAAGAUCUUUUUUCGAAAGAAUUGAAAGAAAAAGAAAGGAAACAACAAGAAUUAGUCAAAGAAAAGGAAAGAUACUACACCAAUUUGUACUCGUCGGAGAAAGAUGAUAAAGACUGUCAGUGCCCAGGAGAAAUGGGUAACAAAGUAUCGAAAAUAAUGAAAAACGAUCAAGAAGUUCAAGCUUUGAUCGAAUUUGAAAAUAAAUUACACGAUAAUAUUUACGUCAAAAGUGUAUCUACUACUCCUGCUCCUGCUCGAAAUCGACGAGAUACGUUGUUUCAUGUGAAUACAGAUAAACCUGCUUAUGUAUUGCAGUCGAACGAAAAUGCAACUGAUCUGAAGAAUACCACCGAUUCAUUAAAAAAUUCGACUAAAAUGAAAUUCUACGUUAAUAAUACCACGCGAAUGUAUAGAAUAGUAGGGCUGCAGCAUUUUACGCGUUACUCGAUCGCAGUUCAGGCUUGUCGUGAACUGAUGCCUAUAAGACUGGAUGAUAUACAGCCGAAUUGCAGUAUAGAAAAAAUUGAUUACUCACAAACAUACGCUCUCGAAACUGCUGAUAAAAUUGACCCGAAAACUAUCGAGGUGGAGAUAUUAAAUGAUACGAAUAUCGCUAGAUUGAAAUGGAUCGAUCCGAAUGUUACAAAUGGGCCUAUUCUUGCUUACAUGAUUCAAUACAAAAGAAUGGAUAUUGAAAAUGCACAACCUACCUCUCAAUGUAUACCGGUUGGGGAUUUAGAUCCUAGUCCUCAAAAAUCAUAUAUCCUCAAAGGACUACCUCCCGGUAACUAUACCGGGUGUAUUAAAGCUACCACAUUAGCUAAAGAUACCCAAAGUGGAUUUAUACCCAUGUUUAACUUUAUUGUAAAAGAAACGGAAGUUACCAUAAUACAUCAGCUGUUACUAGGCGGAUUGUUCGCUGUUUGUAUUAUUUUACUUGUAAUGUUCAUUUUGUUCGUAAUGUUACGAUACUUUUAUCCGGAUUCCUGGUAUCACCGAAAGCUUCUGUUUGCCACCGUAAAUCCGGAAUAUUUCAAGCCUAUCGAAGGUUACGAUAAAUGGGAAAUAUCGAGACGAAAAAUCGUGCUUGAUAGUUUACUCGGUAUCGGACAUUUUGGCGAAGUGUACGAAGGUCGAGCGAAAGGAAUUAUACAGAAAGGUGUUACCACCAAAGUGGCUGUUAAAACGCUCAAUAAAUCGCCAACUAAUCAUCGAACGUGGAUGAGCUUUUUGAAUGAAGCAUCCGUUAUGAAACAAUUUGAUACUCAUCAUGUGGUGCGACUGCUGGGAGUAGUUACAAAAGGCGAACCGUUAGUCAUUAUGGAAUUGAUGGCUAAAGGUGACUUACGUACGUAUUUGCGAUCAUGUCGAGCUGAUGUUCCUGAAGAGGAACGCAGAGGACCUUUAUGUCCGCCGCCUACCUUAAAAGAAAUAUUACAAAUGUCAGCUGAAAUAGCGGACGGAAUGUUGUAUCUUUCUGACAAAAAAUUCGUACAUCGAGACUUAGCUGCUCGAAAUUGUAUGAUAAACGCUGAAGGAACCGUGAAAAUCGGUGAUUUUGGUUUAACUCGUGAUGUUUAUGAGACUGAUUAUUAUAGAAAAGACUCAAAAGGACAUCUGCCAGUUCGGUGGAUGGCUCCGGAAAGCUUAAGAGACGGAAUAUUUACUAGUCGAUCUGACGUUUGGAGUUAUGGUGUCGUAUUAUGGGAGAUGGCUACGUUAGCUUCGUUACCGUAUACUGGGCUUGGAAACGGCGAAGUGAUGCCUUACGUGAUCAACGGUGGCGUCAUGGAAGAACCGGAAAACUGUCCAGCUAUUUUAUCGGAACUGAUGAGAGCCUGUUGGCAAUACAAAUACAUCCAAAGGCCUUCGUUUUCGGAAAUCUUGGAACUGCUGCUACCCAACAUCAGAAGUAGCUUUGAAGAGGUAUCGUACUAUCAUACCGAAGAAGCCAAACAACUGAGAGCUUCGAACGCGGAAGCAGUCGCCGAAGACGAUACGCCUUACACGCCGCUUCGUAUUAUGGAAGAUUUCGAAGACUUUUCGCUAGACAGCGACGACAACGAAGAUGAAAACGAAGUUGAGACUACCGAAGCGAGAACGUUGAACGAGGCGAAUACAUCGAGCGCCAACGUAUCGGUGAGAAGUUUACCUACCGUAAAUGGUUAUAUACGACGACCUCAUCAUAAUCUAAUUCCUUUAGUCAAUACGAAAACUACUCCGUGUUAAUGUGUCUUACUACGUUAGAUUUUUAUAACGAAAUGUCUGUUUUUUUCUUUUCUUUUUUCUUUUUUUUGGUUUGUUUUUCUCUUAAUCUUUUUAUUUUUUAGAUUUUUUUUUCAUAUUUUAGCAAUUUUUUUUUUUUUGGAAGAGGUUGUAUCUACUGCGGACAGAUUUGUAGCUUCAGAUCUGAUUCGGUUGUACUGCUUAAUUUUUCAUGUUCCCACGUUUUUACAGGUUGCUCAAUUCGAAUCGCACUUUCUUUAUAGGCAUUUUACGAGUAAGAUUAUCGGCGUUUAGGUUUUUUUAAACGAUCAAAAUGUCAGCUUUAUGUUUUUAUUUUUCGUCGCGAUGCGGAUCUGUCCGUAACGUAGUUGACUUUCGAUUUCAUGUUCCUAUUAGUGUUUAUUUGGGUACGGUAAUGGCUGACUUGAGGUGUGUUUUUAAGGAUUUUUUUGUGUCGUUCCCUUUUUUUCUUCUUCAUUUUUUCCCUAUAAUUUGCAGUUGAGUUGCUGUCGUUUGAAUUCCAUUGUGCUGGUUGGUCUGGUAGGUUGGGCGAAAUUGGUCUUCUUGGAAAUUGAGUCUGCGAGCUAGUCUCUCUGAUUCGUGCUUUUUUUUAAGGUGUGACUAAUCGACGUGUAAAAAUCCAAAAAUGAUAUGACGCUGGCGUCAACUUCAUUGUGGAUUUAUGUCUUCUCCUUUCCUGAAAAUGAUACAAUUUUUUAAAAUUUUAGGUAUCUUACAAAGAUACGUAUUAUGAGGAGUCAUGAUUAUGGAUCAGAGUGGAACUUUGGCCAUGGCUUGUAGGCCAGUUUGGUUUCUCAGAAAUUUCCCGAUUGGGAAUUAGAUGGCUAGGGCUUAUUUCAAAAUACUCGAAGAUGAAAAUUUUGAACAUAAAUUUCGGUAUGACGUUUGAAGACAAAAAAAAAUUACCCAGAAUGACCUAUCUUCAAAAUAAAACAGUUGAAGAUUGUUUUAAAAAAGUUGUUUUAAAAAAGUCAAAAAAUUCCAAGUUUUCAAAAAAAAAAUUGGAUUGACUUUUUUUGGAACGUAGGUUAGGGUAUGAUUUUUCACAACGAACAUGAAAAGUUCUGUUACAAAAUGGCUUCUUUUCAAAUUCAAAGAAGCUAUUGUAACUCUUUUCAAGUUUCGUGCAAGCUUGUAAAAUUCAUCGGUAUAUUUAAAAAAUUUUAAAAAUUUACUCAACAAGUUCAUUACAAUUCAAUAUUUAUUUUUUUGGCCGUUUUCAAAGAGACUGAUGCCCCUGUUGCCAAGAAAGUUCCAGAGAGCUUGGUAUUGUUUUAGGAUAUUUCUUGCUCGAGGUCAGUCAUUUUUUGGAGUUCAAUUUGGGUUCUGGAUGUUUUUGUUCUCUUUCAGGCUGAAACUGACUAGUGUCUAGGGAACUUCUCCAUGAUUUUUGAACGAGCAUCGCCUGAAACUACCGCAGUAAAAAUUUCGAAAGCUCAAUAAAAAAUUUUUGACUUUUGGUGAAUUUUUGAAAAAUCCAAAAUUCACCAUUCUUGGCGAUAUGUGUUUUCUUUGUUUUUUGCAUUGUUUUUGUUUUUCAAAUGAUGAUGAAAAAUAAUUCUGAAACUAGUAUUACCUAAUUCUCCCAAACGGAAUUUGACCGUUUGGGAUCAUUCUGCAACCUACCACAUGCAUUGCUUAUUUGGUUUCUUAAGAGUUUUCAAUUUUUUUCAGAAGGUGCAGAUAAUAAUUUGGAUAGCUUAAUUAUUUCUAAAUUUUAUAUUAAAAAAAAAUAUAUUAUAAUUUUUUAUUUUUUUUUAUUUUUGGUUUUUCCAAAAUUUUAUUAUUUUUUUUCAAGUCAAUUUUUUUUAUUUCAAAUUUUUCUGGAGUUUUUGAUUUUUAAAAAAUUUUGAAUUUCUUUAAAACGUUUGGAAAUUGAUUUGGGCUGAAGAAAUGGGGUUUUGGCUUAUUCUCGACCUCUUUAACAAAUCUUUCUACGUUUGAACCAAUUUUCACUUUUCAAACGGACACCUCGAAUUUGUUUUUUCGUUUUUUUUUUUUUUUCAUAAACAUGCUAGCCGAGAAACACACUCGAGGUUUCUGCCAGGGAAUGGUUUCAAAUAUUAAUAAAUUCAUUGAAUAGGUCGGGAAUGAGCCACAACUCGAUUUUUCGCUGUUCAAAUUACAUAAUUUCCGUAUCUUUCUGGAGAAAUGGAAAUCGUGCUGGAGCUCCAGAUUGUCUUAAAAGGGUGAAAUUCUGUUCGGAGGAGUUGAUACCUAUACAGAUAUUUGAAAAAAAAACAAAAAAAAAACAAUAAAAAUAAUCGUUGAAAAUAGUCAAUUUUGAAUUUUCAAAAAUUCACCAAAAAUUAAAAAAAAAUCAAUCGGAGGCAAACAUAGAAGCCUUGAAAGGUUCCUUUGUGAGUCGAAAAAAAUUUUGUUGAGCUCUUGUUAUAAAAUGUUCAAUGUAAAUGAAUUUUUAUCUUACUUUUUUUUUCGAUAAAAUCGAAACUUUUCCCAGUAGUCGUCACAAAAAAAUUGAAUUUUAGGGAGCUUUUACACGUUGCUGGCCACAUCCAUAAACCAACUAAUCGACUCAAUUUACCAGAUGAUCUGUUUUUUCGCUCAAUUCUAGUAGAAUGAGCACGUGUUCGUUUUCAAAGAAGAAAAGUUGGUCUUUACUGUUCUGUUUGUUGUUUUUUAUUUCAGUUUUUUUCCUCUAAAAAAAGUUACGUGAUGUAUUACAUUUUUUUUUCAGACUACUUUUUAUUUGUUUUUUUAAAAAUCUUUCUCUUAUUAGUCGUAGUUCGUUCUUUUUACUUAUAUGCUUGUAGGACUUAAAUGAAAAGUAGAGAAAAACCAAAGAAAACUCGAUUACGUUUAUUGUUAAUAAUAUAGGCGAUCGAAAGCGUGUCAACUUUAUUUUUAAAAUUGUACGAUGUUCCUUUACUAUACUUUUUACGAAAACAAUUUUUUUAAAUAAGUUACACCUUUCGCAGUUCCUCGAUGACUUUACAUUUUGAAAUCUAAUUUUUUAUAAUUACCAUCCAGCUGGCGUUGGAUAAGUUUUUGUUUUUGUUCUCUCCUGUUUUUUUUCAUGGUGUGUUUGUGUGCGAAUGGAUGUGUUUGCGCGUGUAUUUAAUUUUUUUUUUAUUACCUAUCGAUUAUACUUUUGUACGAGUUCCAUUUUUCUUGUUUCUUUUGUACUGUACUUGUAUAUCUUACUGUAUGAAGACAAUCUUUAUAAUUUAGUUGUUGAUUUUACCGGUUUUUACGAGACGAAGGAAACGUGGUAUUUUUAAAUUUAUACUCAAUGUUAAGGUUAGUGAUAAGCGAAUGUACUUCAAUGAACAGAAACUGCUUCGAACUGCCAAUAUAAUUAUUAUUACACGAGAGUUUCUGCGAUUUGAAAAUUGGUUUAGUAAGGUAAAUCGUUCGUAUCUUGAAUUUCGAUGGUCAGGUUUUUAUGAAAUAUUGUUUCGAAUACUCUCUCUUUCUCUCUUUUACCUUACCUAAUUUUUUUUGUUUUAUCUUAUCAUGUCUGGUUUUGCUGGCGAAGAUACGAACGUAUAGCUUGUAAAGAAAGGUAAUGUUUACAGAAGUGCUCUCUUUCUAUACCAAUUAAGAAGUAAUUUUAUUAUUAUAAGAUAUGGUUUUUUAUAUGUAGCAUAAUAUAUAUAAAAUGUACGUGUUGACAGUGAAAAAUGAGAAAAAAAAUUGAAAAUUUCACGAUUGGUGCCAUUAACAUAAUACAUUGUUUGUAACGUGAAAGUGUUAUAUUUGAUAAAAGAUUCGUCCAUUUUUACCCUUUAAAUUCAAGUCAUUUUAUUUAAAGAAAAAAAAAAGAAAAAAAUAACUCUGAUUUGAAUUUUUUUUUCUAAUUUAGAGUGUUGUUUGCAUUACUGAAUUUAAUUUAGAAUUUACAAAGUUAAGGAUUAUAGAAUUAUAUUUUUUUUACAUCAUUUUGUAUUCUCCUAUGGAGACGUUUGUAUAAUGAAUUUUCUUUUCUGUGAAAAGUUGUAAAAAUAGUACUUUUAAUAGGGGAUGCUGGUUAAAGCGCGGCGUGGGUGAAGGCAAAAAAUAUAAAAUUUCAUUUUAUACGGUAGAGGUGAAAUUGGCCUACGUGGUGAUCUGGUCUGAAAAUCGAAUUACGAAAUUUUUUCCCAAUCCUGUGAUAUUUAUUUUGAGGAUUUUUUCUCCCCCCUUUUUUUUAAUACCCUCAGAGAUUGAAAAUGAGUACUUGAUAAAACUCUCCCUCCUUCAAGAGCCUUAUUUUUUUAAGCAUUUAAUUUCAUUAGCUUCGAUUUGAAGUAGAAUUUUUUGUAUAAUUUAGUCGUUGGGGAAAUUUUUGAAUCCCUCGAGUUCAUUUGGCUUUAUUACUCGUAUUUCUCGAAAUCCAAAGUUGUAUUGGAAAGACUCAAAAAUGUGUUUUGAUCGCUUUCAAAAUCAUUUGAACCGAUUUUUGCUUAAAACUUGAUAGACUAGAUUGCUAAUUUCGAAUAAAAAAAUUGAAAAUAAAUUUUUCGUGCUUUAAUCAGCUUUUAAUAGACUGGGAAGUUAAUGCAGAUUACAAUAUUCAACUUGAAAAAAAACACGAUAUUUGGAAAUGAUUUUUCUUCCGUUUAAAAAUUUGAAAAAAAUGAAAAAUUCGUGUAUUUUUAAAUUUAACACGUACAUUUGAUUCACUGCCGAAAAAAAUUUAUUAUGUUUAAUUUUUAGCAUUAAUUUUUAUACGAAGGCGAUUUUCACAUCGCUAUGUACAUUUUAUUAUAUUCUAUCGCAUUUAAUAACAACGACUUAAUCGUCGUUUAGUAUUAACUAGCUGAAAUAAAAAUACUUAAUAGGGUUUGGGGAUAUUGUUGUUUAACGAGGCAGUCAGUACAGAACAUCCGCAAGUUUUGUGCGCAUGCGUCGGGACUUAGCUGUUGUGCGUGUUGUUCUGUUAAUUCUUAAUUCUGUUAUCACCUUACCCCUACAUACCAAUUUCAGUUUAUUUUCAACAAUUUGUGGUUGUUUCGAAUUACGAUUCAUUUUUUGACCAACAAAAGUUACCUUAACGUAAUUUAAAAUAUUAAAUAAAUAAAAUGAAUUCUGGAAAGCAUGAUGAAACGGCAUAAACUCAUAGUCAUAACUCAUAUCAUUUUCAUGUCAUCUAAAAAGGCAGUAGUAAGGCGAUAAGAAAUAUAAAAUAUCAUGUGAACAUUGAGAACAUUGUACAUUGUUAAGAAGCAUUAUUUACUAGCAGUACUAGCAGGGAUGAGCUUGCCAGUAUUCAUUCGUUUUUUAUUUCAUUUCAAUCAAAUUUCACUAAUUUCAGAUAGAAUGAUGCUGCAAAACACUAUUUUUGAAUUUCAUCUACGACUACGAGUAAUCUCAGCACAGGAUCUCACUUGACUUUUUGAGUAAACAAAAUUGCAUACUUGCAAUCCUUUUAAAAUAAUCUCAAUCAGUAAAGCAUCGAUGUUUUAUGUAUUUAAUUUAUGCUGUUUGAAAAAAAUUAAACUUGAAAAUUACGUAAAAAUUCUAUCAACGAUAUAUGAGUAUACGACGACAUACAACACCUUAGCAUGAAAAAUAACAAGUCCCGACGCAUGCGCACAAAACUUGCGGAUGUUCUGUACCGAUUGCCUCGUGUUGUAUAGGUUGUGCUGAUAAUACAUUUUUUUUCAACUGUGCGUGUAUUUGUACGUUUAUUUAAAAUGAAAAAUAAAAAAUGAAAAAAAAAUGGAAACGAGAAUUCGCACAUUUUAGUUGGAAUUUUUUUUUACGAAUAGAGAAUGUGUUUUUUUUUCUAACGAGGGGUUUGUUUUUAUUGAAAUUUUUUUUGUUGUUGAAACUUUAUUACCUACCUGUGUUUUGUAUUACACGAUGAAAAAAUAAUUACCUACCUGCGUACCUAUCUAACGAAAUUCUUUAUAUUUUUUUUUGUGUGGUAUAUGCUAGAAAAGAGGUAUUGUGUUAAGAUUGUUCUAGUUUAAGUACUUCUUAGCGUAUUUUGUUUUAUUUUAGUAAUUUAUUACGUAGAAAAUAAAACCCUGGAACAGAUCCUCGCCUUUGUAUAUAAAUUUAGCCUUUAAAUAAUAGAUAAUUUUUGUAAAUAAUGGUACGAAUUAAGUAGUUCAUGUUUCUUUUUUUACCUGUACGAUAUUUGUAAAUAAAUUUUGGAUGAAUAAAUUAUACAAAAAUU